AAGCCUUGACCUUUCGUUUGAGAGUCGUUAAUUUAAACAUUAACUCCACAAAAGUUUGUUGAGAGUCCCUGUUUGCCGUUCUCUGCGCUAGGGCUGAGGGUCCGGCCUAGCGUGGACCGAGCAAGGUGACUGCACUCAGAAGGGAGGGUGCGGGAAGGUUAAGGUCGAUGGUGAGAGAUACGGAGUAGGCUUUUUCUACCUUUUUUAUUUCUCACGCAUUGUGUCUGAAAUGCACGUAUACUUGGGGGAGGGUACUUUUAAGAUUUGUACAGGAACGCCAUCUGCUCAAGAGUUAACUAACUGUUCUCUCCUUUCUCUGGCUGUUGGACGCGCACCUUUCCGGAGGAUGGGGGAGGUAACCAAGGCUGCUCUUUGGCGUAAAUUGCAAUCGAUUAGGGAUCGUUUCUCAGACUCAAGUUAGAAGUGAGAUUUCAGAUAAGUGAGGCCGCCAUUGCUGCUUUGAACACCUCAGAAGGGGAGAAUGGAUUUAUCAGGAGUGAAAAAGAAGAGCUUGCUAGGAGUCAAAGAAAAUAAUAAAAAGUCCAGCACUAGGGCUCCUUCCCCUACCAAACGCAAGGACCGCUCUGAUGAGAAGUCUAAGGAUCGCUCUAAAGACAAAGGGGCCACCAAGGAAUCUAGUGAGAAGGACCGCGGCAGGGAUAAGACCCGGAAGAGGCGCAGUGCUUCCAGUGGAAGCAGCAGCACCAGGUCUCGGUCCAGCUCAACUUCCAGUUCAGGCUCUAGCACCAGCACAGGCUCCAGCAGUGGCUCCAGUUCCUCUUCGGCAUCCAGCCGUUCUGGAAGCUCCAGUACAUCCCGCAGCUCCAGUUCCAGCAGCUCCUCUGGCUCUCCGAGCCCUUCACGGCGCAGACACGACAACAGGCGGCGCUCCCGCUCCAAAUCCAAACCACCUAAAAGAGAUGAAAAGGAGAGGAAAAGGCGAAGCCCUUCCCCUAAACCCACCAAAGUGCACAUCGGGAGGCUUACCAGGAAUGUGACUAAGGAUCACAUCAUGGAGAUAUUUUCCACCUAUGGGAAGAUUAAAAUGAUUGACAUGCCUGUAGAAAGGAUGCAUCCUCAUCUAUCCAAAGGCUAUGCAUAUGUGGAGUUUGAGAAUCCAGAUGAAGCAGAGAAAGCGCUGAAGCACAUGGAUGGAGGACAAAUUGAUGGUCAGGAGAUAACUGCUACUGCUGUGCUGGCCCCCUGGCCUAGGCCACCACCCCGACGAUUCAGCCCUCCCAGGAGAAUGCUACCACCACCUCCCAUGUGGCGCAGGUCACCCCCACGGAUGAGGAGAAGGUCACGCUCCCCAAGACGCAGGUCCCCUGUACGCAGGCGGUCCCGUUCUCCUGGCCGCCGCCGCCAUAGGAGCCGCUCUAGCUCCAAUUCUUCCCGAUAAGCAAGACUACCGAAGCUCACUCUUGUAACUUAUGUCCCAGUCAGCUCAGUUUUGUCACUUCUCUAGCAUAAUGAGCAGCAGAAGAGGAUCCCUCACUCAGGCAGACUUCAAAGGCAGCAAUGGAGACACGUUCUUCAAACGGGUUCUGGCUACAGAAGUGCUCUUGGUUCAGGGCUGUGCCCAUAAAUGCACCUUGCAGUUUUCUGUCUAGGAAGCUCACCAUUCACAUCUCAUGAGUCUGUUCAAUGGCAGAGACUGUAGGAACAAGCAAGCCUCCAGGUGGCAGAUGCCCCAGCCUUUCCAGAUGACUUGGGGGCAGUCUGGCAAUGUGAUCAUACCUUGGGGACCAAUUCACCAUUCUCAUUAGACCUGGCCCUUUGAUCCCUGCUUGAGUCCUCUUCCAGCCUCUAGGAUCAAACACCUAGAAAGACCCCUGUGGCCUGUGUUAGUUGUCAUAAUGGUUCUGUCUUUCUAUGUUCUCACCUAUACACGCACCCCAUUUGUCUUCUUUUUUUUUUUUUUUGUUACUGGGGAUUGAACUCGGGUCCUUGCACUUGCGCAGCAGGCAACAAAACCACUGAGCUAAAUCCCUGGCCCCCAUUUGUCUUCUUGACUCAAAUGUUGGUGAGCAAUUUGAGAACCAGCUUUGCAGGUCACCAUGGAGCCCCCCCAUUUCACCUGCCAUUCAUGGUGGUCUUGCAGGUUACUUUGGCAACAUGUACAUCGCUUUUUUGGCUUUUAUUGUACAGUCAGUGGUAUAAAAUUUGAGUUUUGUAACUUUGUAGCAUUUUAGAUAAGGUUGUGUUUGUUCUUUGUUGUGUAGAGUAAAGGAAUUGUAUUGAAUAAACCUAGGAUUAGAAUGCAGAUUGA